AUGUCUUCCACACAGCACGAGACACGAGCGAGCAUCACCAUACCAUCGACACUCCAUUACCGUCCCUUGCCAGCACCCCUCGCGCAGGCAAUUAAGCACGACGCGCCAUCCGUCAUCCGUAUCGUCGAUACACCCGGCAGCUAUCCUUGUCGUCGGUGUCUCCAAGAUGGGCAAGUGGGCGACCGCAUGCGCCUCCUGUCCUACGAUCCAUGGCUCGGCGCUUCGCCCUAUCGUCAGCCAGGGCCCAUCUUCGUGCACGAAGAGCCGAUUUGUCGGAAGGCCGAGUUCCCCGUACACUCCACUUUGCCGGAGCAGCAGCGGAAGAGGGAGCUGUCCAUUCGUGCUUUUGAUCGCGAGCAUAUGAUGGUUGCGUUCGACACGAUCCAGGGAGAGAAGCUCGUCUCCCGAGUGGAGGAGAUCUUCGAGCAGGCCGGUGGCGCGGAGUAUGUUCACGUACACUAUGCCGGACCAGGCUGCUUCGCAGUGAGGAUAGAUCGUGCGUAG